GAUUCUUCAGUCUUCUCCUUCUCUCCGAAGUAAACACCACGCCGGUGGAGCUCUGUUCCCUGAACAGAAAAAAUGGCCAUUGGUAAAGAUGACAUCGAGAUACUGAAGCCCCGUACCGACAAGAGGGAGUACCGGAGGAUCGUCCUCAAGAACUCCCUCGAAGUCCUCCUCAUCAGCGAUCGGGAAACCGACAAGUGUGCUGCUUCCAUGGAUGUCAGUGUUGGUUACUUCUCCGAUCCUGAUGGCCUCGAAGGCCUUGCUCAUUUUCUCGAGCACAUGCUUUUCUAUGCUAGUGAGAAGUAUCCUUUGGAGGAUAGUUACUCAAAGUACAUUAAUGAGCAUGGAGGCAGCACAAAUGCCUUCACAGAUUCUGAGGACACCAACUAUUAUUUUGAUGUUAACACUGAUGGUUUUGAGGAGGCAUUGGACAGAUUUGCACAGUUCUUCAUUAAACCAUUGAUGUCAGCUGACGCAACCAUGAGGGAAAUCAAAGCAGUUGAUUCUGAGAACCAGAAGAACUUACUUUCUGAUGCUUGGAGAAUGAGCCAGCUUCAAAAGCAUCUAAGUAUGGAAGGUCAUCCUUAUCAUAAAUUUGGCGCAGGGAAUUGGGAUACUUUGGAGAUUAGACCAAAGGCAAGAGGAGUGGACACAAGACUUGAGCUCCUUAAAUUCUAUGAACAAAAUUAUUCUGCCAACCUAAUGCAUCUAGUUGUGUAUGCAAAAGAAAGUCUUGAUAAAAUUCAGAGCCUGGUGGAGGAUAAGUUCCAGGAAAUUAGAAACUCUGAUAGAAGCUUACCAAGUUUUCCUGGUCAGCCUUGCACAUCAGAACAUUUACAGAUUCUUGUUAGAACAGUUCCAAUAAAGGAAGGCAACAAAUUGAGAAUCGUAUGGCCAAUAACUCCAGGGAUUCAUUAUUACAAGGAAGGGCCAUGCAGGUAUCUUGGUCAUCUUAUUGGUCAUGAAGGAGAAGGAUCUCUGUUUUACGUCUUGAAGAAACUGGGUUGGGCUACCGGAUUAUCUGCUGGUGAAGGCGAGUGGACUUUGGAGUUUUCUUUCUUCAAAGUAGUAAUUGACCUUACAGAUGCUGGUCAUGAUCAUAUGCAGGAUGUAAUAGGAUUGCUAUUUAAAUACAUUCAACUUUUACAGAAGACUGGUGCUUGCAAAUGGAUAUUCGAUGAGCUGUCAGCUGUCUGCGAAACAGGCUUUCACUAUCAGGACAAAAUCCCUCCCAUUGAUUAUGUUCUAAAAAUUGCAUUAAAUAUGCAGAUAUAUCCCCCUAAAGACUGGCUUGCAGGAUCAUCAAUGCCUUCAAAUUUUAAUCAAGGCAUCAUACAAAUGGUACUAGAUGAGCUUUCUCCAGAUAAUGUCCGUAUCUUUUGGGAGUCAAAGAAAUUUGCAGGGCUUACUGACCUGGUGGAGCCAUGGUAUGGUACUGCAUAUUCCCUUGAGAAAGUCACUACCUCCAUGAUUCAGGAGUGGAUGUUAUCAGCUCCUAAUGAGAAUCUGCAUCUACCAGCACCUAAUAUCUUCAUUCCAACUGACUUAUCGCUUAAGGAUCCAAAAGAGAAGGUCAAGUAUCCAGUUUUAUUAUGGAAGUCAUCCUAUUCAAGAGUAUGGUACAAGCCUGAUACAAUGUUCUCCUCUCCUAAGGCAUACGUCAAGAUAGACUUCAAUUGCCCCUAUGCUAGCAAUUCACCUGAGGCUGAUGUUCUCACAACAAUUUUUGCCUGGUUGGUUAUGGAUUACUUGAAUGAAUAUGCUUACUAUGCCCAGGUUGCUGGUCUUCAUUAUGCCAUAAGCCACAGUGGCAGUGGUUUUGAGGUGACAGUGAUUGGUUAUAAUCACAAACUGAGGAUCCUAUUGGAGACUGUUGUUGAUAAGAUUGCAAAAUUUGAAGUCUUACCUGACAGGUUUUCUGUAAUCAAGGAACGGGUUACACAAGACUAUCAAAAUCUCAAGUUCCAUCAGCCUUAUCAGCAGGCUAUGUACUAUUGCUCCUUAUUAUUGGAGGACCACUCAUGGCCUUUGAUGGAAGAACUUGAAGUCCUACCAAAUAUUAAAGCUGAACACCUUGCCAAAUUUGCUCCCAUGAUGCUCUCAAGGGCCUUCCUAGAAUGUUACAUAGGAGGAAACAUUGAACGUGCUGAAGCUGAGUCAAUGAUACAGCAUGUUGAAGAUAUUUUCUUUAAGGGUUCAAACCCUAUAUGCCAACCAUUAUUUUCAUCCCAGCAUCUCACAAAGAGAAUUGUGAAACUUGAAAAGGGCAUGAGUUACUUCUACUCUAAGGAAGGCCUAAAUCCAAGUGAUGAUAAUUCUGCCCUUCUCCACUAUAUUCAGGUUCAUCAAGAUGAUUUUAUGUUGAACGUGAAACUUCAACUUUUUGCACUUAUUGCUAAGCAACCAGCAUUUCACCAGCUUAGAUCUGUUGAACAACUUGGUUAUAUUACUGUUCUCUUGCAGCGGAAUGAUUCUGGAAUUCAUGGAUUGCAGUUCAUUAUCCAGUCCACACUGAAGGGCCCAGAACAUAUUGAUCUGAGAGUUGAGGCAUUCCUCAGGAUGUUUGAGACUCAACUUUAUGAGAUGACCCAUGAUGACUUUAAGAGCAAUGUAAAUGCAUUGAUUGAUAUGAAACUUGAGAAGCACAAGAAUCUAAGGGAAGAAUCUAGAUUUUACUGGAGAGAAAUUUCUGAUGGAACCCUAAAAUUUGAUCGAAAGGAGGUUGAGGUUGCAGCAUUGAAGCAACUUACGCAACAAGAACUGAUAGAUUUCUUCAAUCAGUAUAUAAGAGUUGGUGCACCGCAAAAGAGGACUUUGAGCGUACACGUGAUUGGAAAGGGACAUUUAUCGGGAUACAAAGCCACAAAAACUGAAGUACCUCAACCGGGUGAAAUCAAUGACAUAUUCAGUUUCAGAAGAUCAUUACCUCUUUAUGGUUCAUUCAAAGGAGGCUCUGGUCUUUUAAAGUUGUAGUCUGAGAGGGGAGCGCAGAAACGGCAUUGGAGCUUCAGCUAUUCAAAGGAGGAGAGAUACAAACUCAAACAAGUUUAUGUCAUUGAUAAAGCUUUAUCUUCGAUAGUUCUCUGUAUGGUAUCUAUGUGGCGCUAAUGAAAUUGCUGCUUCAUAUGUCUCAAUUGAUCGAUUUAAGUGUUGUCAAGCGUCUCUAGUUUCUCACCUCAAAAUACAAAUUUGGUAUAUAUAUUUGCCUACUCACAAAUGUAAUGCUAUUCCAAAUUGCAUGUGCCUUUAUUUGCUACUGUGGUGUUGAUGGUAUUCUCAAUUGUAUCUAAUAAAAAAUGUUGUGGUUA